AUGGAUCAAGGAUCAGUUUUCACUGGUCGAAAAGUCCACGAGUUUGCUAAGGAAAUGGAUUUCAAAUUAUUGACGUCUACACCCUAUUACACUCAGGCUAAUGGUCAGGUCGAAGCAGCGAAUAAGGUAGUAAUUGGGUUAAUUAAAAAACAUGUGGGCAAAAAGCCAAGAAAUUGGCAUAAGACAUUAUACCAGAUUUUAUGGGCAUAUCAAACCUCCCUUAAAGAGGCUACAAAUUCUACGCCUUUUCGGUUAACAUAUGGUCAUGAUGCCACUUUGCAAGUCGAAAUCUACUUACAGUCAACAAGAAUUCAGAGACACCAUGAGAUUCUAUCUGAGUCUUAUUGGAACAUGAUGUUGGAUGAAUUAGUUAAUUUAGACAAAGAAAGAUUAAAUGCCUUAGAAUUAUUAAAAAGGCAGAAAAAGAGAGUAGAAAAGUCGUAUAACAAAAGGGUCAAAGUUAAAUUAUUUUCAACUGGAGAUUUAGUGUGGAAAGUGAUUUUACCCAUGGAUCGAAAAGAUAGAACAUUUGGAAAAUGGACCCUCAAGUGGGAAGGCCCUUUUCAAAUUACUCAAGUUUUAUCAAACGGCGCAUACGAAAUCGAAGAAUUGGUUAAAGAUCGAAGACUCUUGAGAGUAAAUGGGAAGUACUUGAAGAAAUAUAAACCUGCACUUCAUGAGGUAAAAAUAGAGAAAGAGUAA